AUGUUCGUUCGCCGCGGCCCAGGAGUAAAGGAAGGCGGCCAGAUCGACGUUGUCACCACACAUACCGAUAUUGCCUCUACCAUUCUCAAGCUCGCCGGCGUUAGCAAACAGACCGACGGCGAGGUCAUGCCUCUGACUGAGUCCGAGCAAACAGAUGGAAGAAUUGAGCAUGCUGCCAUUGAGUAUUGGGGACAUGGAAUGCCCGAAGGCCACUAUGGAUUCUCAAGUGAUGAGAACUUUGAAGCAGGCAGAAUCUCCGACUAUUAUGUCAACAACACCUACAAAGGUCUUCGUAUGGCAAGCCAAGACUUUAACCUCUACUAUUCUAUCUGGUGCACUGGAGAGAGAGAGCUCUACAAUCUCAACGAUGACCCUGAGCAAACCAUCAAUUUGCUAUCCGGAUCGUACACAGCUCAGCUCGUAGCUGUUCAGUUCACCAUUGCCAAUCGGCCACUACAUGCAAUUGUUAAUCGGCUUGAUGCUCUUAUUAUGGCCAUGAAAGCCUGCAAGGGCAAAGCCUGCUCUCGCCCAUGGAAAGAGCUUUAUCCUAACGGUCGUAUUUCAUCCCUACAUGCUGCUCUGGACAUUAAGUUUGAUACAUUUUAUGCGGAUCAACCCAAAAUGUUUUUCGAUAGCUACGAGGUAGCUUUUAUCAAGGAGAAAGAGAGCAAUGAGCCAAUUAACUCCUGCCAUGAGUCAGGGCUAAGAAAGGUAGAGGAAUUUAACUACGGCGCUGAAUAG